AUAUGGUACACUGCAACACACAUGACUAACUCCUUCCUCUCUCCCUCCCUCCUCUUUUCCCAAACUUUUUGCCUUUAAAACCCAACUCCCAAACUGUAGAAAGGCCUCACUCUCCACUCUCUUCACUAAAGAUGUUCUCAUUUCACUUCCUCAAAAUAUGUUCAUUUUCUUUCUCCUCAUUGAUUGUUUGUCUGUUGCUUCUAAUUACUGUCUACUUAGAUGUAGCAGUAGUUGUGACUGCAUCCUCUGACUCAUCUUCAUCUUCUUCUUUUUCUAAUUCAUCAAAUUCAUCUAAUUCUAAACUUCCUACUAAAAUUGGGAAUGGUUACCGUUUGGUUUCUGUUGAAGAGCUCUCUGAUGGAGGCUUCUUGGCUUACUUGCAAGUCAAUAAGAAAAACAAAAUCUAUGGCCCUGAUAUCCCUAUGUUGCGCCUCUUUGUAAAGCAUGAAACACAGGAGCGUUUAAGAGUACAAAUUACAGAUGCAGAGAAACCCAGAUGGGAAGUACCCUAUGAUCUUUUACCUAGAGAAAAAGCACCUUCACUAAAACAAACCCUUGGGAAAUCCAGAAAAGUCCCACUUUCUGACUCAAAAAUCUCAGGAAAUGAGCUUAUCUUUAGUUACACAGUUAACCCAUUUACCUUUACAGUAAAAAGAAAAUCAAAUGGGCAAACUCUUUUUGAUACAAGCUCAAAUAAAUCCGACCCGUUUAACAGUUUAGUAUUUAAAGACCAAUAUCUUGAAAUUAGCACCCAUUUACCCUAUGAUGCAUCACUAUAUGGACUUGGGGAAAAUACCCAACCCCAUGGAAUUAAGUUAUACCCAAAUGAACCAUACACCCUUUACACUAUGGAUAUUUCAGCCAUUAAUCUUAAUACAGAUUUAUACGGUUCGCACCCGGUUUAUAUGGAUCUUAGGAGAGUGGGUGGGCAGCCUGAAGCUCAUGCUGUUCUAUUGUUAAAUAGCAAUGGAAUGGAUAUUUCAUACACUGGCAAGUCAUUGACAUACAAAGUUAUUGGAGGAGUUUUUGAUUUUUACUUCUUUGCUGGUCCAUCUCCUCUUGAUAUUGUCAAUCAGUACACUAGCUUGAUUGGUAGACCAGCUCCUAUGCCUUACUGGGCUUUUGGUUUCCACCAAUGCAGAUGGGGUUACCAUAACAUCUCGGUGGUGGAACAUGUAGUUGACAACUACAAAAAGGCACAAAUUCCACUUGACGUGAUCUGGAAUGAUGAUGAUCAUAUGGAUGGACACAAGGACUUCACCCUUAAUCCUGUUAACUUCUCACGUCCAAAGCUUUUGAAGUUCCUUGACAAGGUACAUGCUCGAGGCAUGAAGUACAUCGUCCUCAUUGAUCCGGGCAUUGCUGUUAACUCGAGUUAUGGGGUAUACCAAAGAGGCUUGGCUGAUGAUGUUUUCAUCAAGUAUGAGGGAAAACCGUAUUUAGCCCAAGUGUGGCCGGGGGCUGUUAACUUCCCUGAUUACCUCAACCCAAAAACGGUUGACUGGUGGGUAGAUGAAAUCCACCGGUUCCAUGAACUUGUGCCUGUUGAUGGCUUGUGGAUUGACAUGAAUGAGGCCUCAAAUUUCUGUACCGGGCUUUGCGAAAUUCCCGAGGGCAAAAAGUGCCCUUCUGGUGUUGGACCUGGAUGGGAAUGCUGCUUAGACUGCAAGAACAUCACGAAAACAAGAUGGGAUGAACCACCGUAUAAGAUAAAUGCUUCAGGAAAAAGCACACCUAUUGGUUACAAAACCAUAGCUACUAGUGCAGUUCACUACAACGGGGUUUUAGAGUAUGAUGCUCACAGUUUAUACGGCUUAGCAGAAACAGUUGCAACUCAUAAAGGCCUUUUAUCUCUUCAAGGUAAACGACCAUUCAUUUUAUCACGUUCUACUUUUGUGGGAUCCGGUCAUUACACUGCCCAUUGGACUGGUGAUAAUCAAGGAACUUGGAAUGAUCUAAGGUACUCGAUUUCUACCAUGUUGAAUUUUGGUAUAUUUGGGGUACCGAUGGUUGGGUCGGACAUAUGUGGUUUCUAUCCUCAACCUACUGAGGAACUUUGCAACCGGUGGAUCGAAUUGGGUGCUUUCUACCCCUUCUCAAGAGACCAUGCAAAUUACUAUUCACCGAAUCAAGAACUCUAUGUUUGGGACACAGUUGCUGAGUCAGCUCGGAAUGCCUUGGGUAUGAGGUACAAGCUUCUUCCUUAUCUCUACACACUAAGCUACGAGGCACACACUACAGGUGCACCCAUUGCAAGACCGCUAUUCUUCUCUUUUACCAAUUACACAGACUGUUACGAGUUGAGCACACAGUUCUUGCUCGGUAGUGGACUGAUGGUAUCACCAGUUCUCGAAAAGGGAGCCACGACUGUGAAGGCACUUUUCCCCCCAGGUUCUUGGUAUAGUAUGUUUGAUAUGACUCAGACAGUUAUAUCAAAGGAAGGCAAGUAUGUCACCCUUGAUGCACCAUUGAACACAAUCAACGUACAUUUGUAUCAAAAUAACAUACUUCCGAUGCAACAAGGCGGAUUAACCUCCAAAGAGGCGAGGACGACACCUUAUCAUCUUGUGGUGACUUUCCCAGCUGGGGCUAGUCAUGGACAAGCCAAAGGAAAUCUCUUUGUUGAUGAAGAUGAGCUCCCUGAAAUGAAACUAGGAGGUGGGUCGUCUACCUAUGUUGAUUUCUAUGCAACCGUGGAUCAAAAUAUGGUUAAGGUUUGGUCACAAGUUCAAGAUGGCAAGUUUGCCUUAGACAAAGGGUGGAGUAUUGGGAAGAUGUCGGUGUUGGGAUUGGGUGGAACUGCUGGAAGUAUCGCCAUUGAAGUUGACGGGAAAGAUAUUACGAGUGCUCCAGAUGUUGUGAGCACAUCCUCGGAGCAGAGUUACAGUGAAGAUUCUGACAUGGAUGGCGCAAUGAAGAGCGUGAUGGUACAGAUCAGUGGGUUGUCUUUGUCUAUCGGGAAGAAUUUUGCCAUGACCUGGAAAAUGGGUGUUUAGGUGUUGGGUUAUGCAUGAUUCUAUGUAGUCAAUCAUUACACUAGCUUCUUCAUAUUUAUCACCCGAUCAUUCCUGAUUUUUGUUUGUAAUUCCCUGUCAGGUAGGGGAAGAAAAUGAGUAUUUCUUAUCAUCCUUUUCCCUGGAAAAUAGACUACUGAAAAAUAAGUUAUGUUACGCCAUCAUAAAAAAGAAAAACAGAAAAUAAGCUUUAUUACAUGCAUCUCAAGGCAUCAUAUAGUUCCAUUAUGUCAUGUAGCAUUCAUAGCCAGUCAUAGGCGCCUGUACUUUCACCCAAAAAAAAAAAAAAAAGGCGCCUGUAUAUUAAGGGGUCUGUCAUGACAUUGUGAUGGUUUUAUUUGAUUACAGUGGAAUGAACAACAUUUCAUUUCUGGCUC